AUGAAUUUCUUUAUUAUUUAAUUUUUUAUUUUUAAUUAAAAUACUGUGUUUUUUAGAUUUAAUUAAAAGUUGAUAUUAAAUUUAAUAAGAAAAAUAAGAUCUAUUCUUCAUAGUAAUGAGGAAUUUUGUGUAGAUCUUUUAUUAAAAAUAAAAAAUAGAAUANAGAUUUGCUAUUCAUUAAAUACAUUUCUUGAAACAAAUUAUUAUGAACUGUAAGAUUAUUUAUUAUUUGGAACAUCUAAAUAAAAGGAAUAUAUUAGUGGAGCAAAAGUAUAAACUCAAUCUCUUUCAUCAAAAAGAUGUAAAUAAACCUAUAAUAAUGAUGCAUUGGCUGUAAUCUAUGUUGAAAUGAACGGAACUUAAACAAAAACAAUAUUUGAAUAUCCACAUUUAGGAGAUCUUUUAGCAAACAUCGGAUCUAUUGUAUCAAUUUUGUUUAUAUUUAAAUAUCUUACUAUGUAUGUAAAUCAAUAUUCUUUAAAUUAAAAAGUAUUAUCUGAUUUGAUAAAUAUGUAUUAUCCAGAAUUUAAAAAUAUUAAAAUCAUAUAGAAUUGGAGAUUUAAGGUAAUAAAAAUUACUUUCAAUCAUAAUUAAAUAGAUUAAAUAGAAUAUUAUAAAAUUUAUGAUAAGAUUAAAAAGUAAAUGCAAUAGAAGCUAUGUUACAUGAAUUUAUUAUAUGAAAUAUCAAGAUUAUAUCUAAUAAUAAGAUCUUCCAAAUUAAGAGAAGAACUAUUAAAAUCUCAUUAAAUUGGAAUUAAAUUAAAUCUUCCAACUAUAAAAGAAGAUAAUUAUCUUUCUAAUUCCAAGUCUGCUCAUAAAUUUCAUUCAUUAGUAGAACCUUUUCUUUUAAAUGAGGAUGAUGCUGAACUUUUAUCACUUGCAAAAAGAGCAAAACAAAAAGAUUUUGAUGCAAUUCCUGAAGAAAUUUAUAAUGAAGCUGAUUAUUUUUUUCUAAAUAAAAUUAUUUGA